GAGGCCCACAGAUGCCGGGCAGGAAGCCUGGCCCUCACUGCCCUGCCUUCCCAGGCUCCUGGCGGCUCCUCUGUAACUCUUUGCUGUCCUCAAGGAGCUGCGGAAGGACACUCCCUGGGGACAGGGAUGUGUGCCAGGGGAGCAGAGAUCCUGGUUUGGGGAGGGAGGGGCAAAGACAUACAAGGCUAGUGUCAGAAACCUGGGGGGCAGGUCCUCCAUCCUUGGCAUGCAGCCCAGUCCUGGGGCCUAGCUGCCAGAUUUUCCCUGUGCUGGCAAAGGGGGCCAGCAGUUGGCCACUCAAGCUCUGAGCUGGCUGGGUACGAUGUGUCAGGGUGACAGGGGUCCCUUAGGGGCCUUGCGUGGGGGGGCUGAGGGCACUGCCAUCUCAUCAGUCCAUGGAGGGGGGUUCUGCAUGGCCACCAGCGCUGGAUGGCAUGGGCUCAGGUGACCUUCCCCUCCUCACUGAACACCAACCUGGUCCGCCCAUUGUCCACAGGCCAGCCCUCCCCUGAGCCUUGCGGUGGGAGGGGUGUCGAACCUGGGGGAGAGCCAGGUGUGAGCUGCUGGUUACAUUUAGUGUGGGGCUGGUGCUGCUGCCCAAGUCCACCUGCACCAAGCUGCCAGGGUGGGAGGGGCUGGCUCCGCCUGGGGCUGGGCCCAUAUUAACCUGCACUCUGGCCUGGGGGCCAGAGGGACAGGCUUGCUCACAGGAAGGCUGAGGAGGCAGUGGAGUGGCAGCGGAGCAGAAGGUGCGAGCAGGGUCAUGGCAGCGAGGCCGGGUGGCCACAACCUGGCUGUGAUGAACGGGCCGAAGGAAAAGGUGCUGACGCUGGACACCAUGAACGCCUGUGUUAAGAGGGUGGAGUAUGCCGUCCGUGGCCCCAUCGUGCUACGCGCCCUGGAGCUGGAGCAGGAGCUGCGCCAGGGUGUAAAGAAGCCGUUCACUGAGGUCAUCCGCGCCAACAUCGGGGACGCACACGCCAUGGGGCAGAAGCCCAUCACCUUCCUGCGCCAGGUCCUGGCCCUCUGCGUCCACCCGGAUCUCCUGAACAGCCCGGACUUCCCCGAAGAUGCCAAGAGAAGGGCGGAGAGCAUCCUACAGGCGUGCGGGGGCCACAGCCUAGGGGCUUACAGCAACAGCUCGGGCAUCCAGCCCAUCCGAGAGCACGUGGCGCAGUACAUCCAGCGGCGCGAUGGAGGCAUCCCCGCGGACCCCAACAACAUCUUCCUGUCCACGGGGGCCAGCGAUGCCAUCGUGACGGUGCUGAAGCUGCUGGUGGCCGGCGAGGGCCGCUGCCGCACGGGCGUGCUCAUCCCCAUCCCUCAGUACCCGCUCUACUCGGCGGCGCUGGCCGAGCUCAACGCGGUGCAGGUGGACUACUACCUGGACGAGGACCGCGCCUGGGCGCUGGACGUGGCGGAGCUCCGGCGCGCGCUGUGCCAGGCGCGGGGUCACUGCCGCCCCCGCGCGCUCUGCAUCAUCAACCCCGGCAACCCCACAGGGCAGGUGCAGACCCGUGAGUGCAUCGAGGCUGUGAUCCGCUUCGCCUUCGAGGAGCAGCUCUUCCUGAUGGCUGACGAGGUGUACCAGGACAACGUGUACGCAGAGGGCUCGCAGUUCCACUCCUUCAAGAAGGUGCUCAUGGAGAUGGGGCCGCCGUACUCGACGCAGCAGGAGCUCGCCUCCUUCCACUCGAUCUCCAAGGGCUACAUGGGCGAGUGCGGGCUCCGCGGCGGCUACGUGGAGGUGGUGAACAUGGACCCCGCGGUGCAGCAGCAGAUGCAGAAGAUGAUGAGCGUGCGGCUGUGCCCACCGCUGCCGGGCCAGGCCGUGCUGGACAUGGUGGUCAGCCCGCCUGAGCCCUCGGACCCCUCCUUCACUCAGUUCCAGGCGGAGAAGCAGGCGGUGCUGGCCGACCUGGCGGCCAAGGCCAAGCUGACCGAGAAGGUCUUCAACGCGGUUCCCGGCAUCCGCUGCAACCCGGUGCAGGGCGCCAUGUACUCCUUCCCGCGCAUAGAGCUGCCCCCGCGCGCGAUUCAGCGUGCUAAGGAGCUGGGUCUGGCUCCCGACAUGUUCUUCUGCCUGAGGCUGCUGGAGGAGACGGGCAUCUGCGUGGUGCCGGGCAGUGGCUUUGGUCAGCGGGAAGGCACCUACCACUUCCGGAUGACCAUCCUGCCCGCCGCGGAGAAACUGCGUCCCCUUUUGGAAAAGCUGAGCCAGUUCCACGCCAAGUUCACCCGCGAGUACUCCUGAGCCCUCUGGGGACCAGGCCUGGGUGACAGUGGCCUGGGUUCGAGGUGCCCCGCGACCUGUGGGCUGGGCACGUGCCCCUCUGCCGGCCUCUAAUAAAGCUGUGAGAGCCUGACA